AUGGUUCUGUUAGCCUCUCCUACUAUCAGUGUAAACGGACGACCCCGGAAUUGCUUCUUACCAUACGAUACGAUGGCUUAUUUUGCAAUGCGCAACCGUUGCGCCCCGCCUCGCCUGCGAUUCGUCGAAAUUCGAGCGUGGAGACACAAGAUUGCACUGUAUUGCGCUAUUUCCAUUACGUUCCUCUCGUAUCCAACGUACGUGCUGUUGAAUUUGGAUAAUCUUCGCCCGAAGAUCGACAAUGAACUCAACCCGGAUGUGCAGGCUCAAAUCGACGCUAUUCGUGCGUCACGUAAAUAG